GGUGUUAUGUAUGUAAUUGCCCCAAGGUUUUUCCUCUCUUCUUGGACUCCUACUUGGAGGGCUCGAAAGCUCCCGCUCCUCCGCUUUCGCUUCACAGCCGAUCUCUCUCCAACCACCUUUCGGCGUUCGCCGGCGAAAAAGCCGACCUGAAGCGCCGCACAGGUUCGGAAUCGGAUUAAGUUACCCGGCGGCGUUCUACUUCAGCUUCGGCGCGGAGAUGGAGGACGAGGAAAUCGAGAAAGCGCUUUUCGCUUAUCUUAAGAAGAAAGGUUUUUGGCAGACAGAGCGAGCGCUGCAAGAAGAACAGAGCAGGAUUUCCUCUGCUACUCUCACCGAAACAGCUCUUUGCCGAUCAGAAAGAGGCCCAGCAUUAUACCAUGAUGGUUAUAGCAAGCUCAGGACAUGGGCAUACGGUUCAUUGGAUUUAUACAAGCACGAGCUGCUGCGGGUACUGUAUCCUGUUUUUAUACACUGCUUUAUGGACAUUAUAGCCGACGGACACAUGCAAGAAGCCCGAGCAUUCUUUCAAUCUUUCCGUGAAGACCAUGAAUUAAUGCAUCUAAGGGAUCUGCGAAAGUUAGAGGGGAUACUCUCUCCGUCACAUUUGGAGGAGAUGGAACUGGCUAGAUCUUUGAGACAUAGCAAAGUUAACAUAAAAUUGUGUGAGUACUCGUACACUCUACUUUUGCAAUAUCUUCGGAAGGCUCAGUCUUUUACCAUGCUUGAAGUAAUCAAUGAACAUAUCAACUUUGAAGUAUCGUCGGGUCAACCUGUCUCCAUUACUGAUGACUUGGAUGUUUUAGCUCUUGUGGGAAAUAACCAAGAUUUAGCAAAGCAAGUAAAUCAAAAAGAAGUUCAUUGGGGGCAGUUAUUAGAAGAUACUGUCGAAGAAAGAUUAGAGAAGACAUUAUCCGAUUCGGAGAAAGUUGAAGGCGAAAACAAAGACAUGGAUGUUGAUGAUAAUAAGAAAAGGCCUGCAGAUGUAGGAAAGCAAGGUGCUUCUUCUAAAAAACUUAAAAAGGACAAGAUUGUUGGUGCAAUGGGUAAAGGUGUCCGAUCCGAGACUAGUACAGUUUCGUUGGCUCCAAGGGUGAAACCUGAACUCACUUUACCGAUAAUGUCAAAUGAAAUGGAGCAGUCUAUUCUCAAUGACUUGAGGAAUCGUGUCCAAUUGAAUAGCAUGGCAUUGCCAUCCAUAUGCUUAUACACUUUCGUCAACACGCAUCAUGGAUUGAAUUGUGUGUCGAUUUCUUCUGAUGGCUCAUUGCUUAGUGGAGGUUUUUCCGAUUCAUCUUUGAAGGUAUGGGACAUGUCAAAAAUGGGCCAGCCUCUUAAGGCAGGACCCCAUUCGCUGGGAGAAAGUGAAUCCGCUCCUAGCGAGCUUUUGGUUGGGUUGGAAGAGGGUAAAAGAGCUUACACGUUGUUCCAGGGUCAUUCAGGACCAGUUUAUUCUUCUUCAUUUUGUCCGACGGGGGAAUUUAUCUUGUCUUCUUCUUCCGACUCAACAAUCCGACUAUGGAGCACCAAGUUGAAUGCUAAUCUGGUCUGCUAUAAAGGACACAAUUAUCCUGUGUGGGAUGUUCAGUUUGGUCCACUUGGUCACUACUUCGUCAGUGCUUCGCAUGAUCGAACCGCUAGGAUUUGGUCAAUGGAUAGAAUUCAACCAUUAAGAAUAAUGGCUGGGCAUCUCUCUGAUGUCGAUUGCGUUCGAUGGCAUGCGAACUGUAACUACAUCGCCACUGGUUCGAGCGACAAAACGGUAAGAUUAUGGGAUGUACAGAGCGGCGAAAGCGUGCGAAUAUUUAUCGGCCACAGAAGCAUGGUGUUGUCGUUGGCAAUGUCUCCUGACGGGCGGUAUAUGGCUUCUGGAGACGAGGACGGGAUUGUCAUGAUAUGGGAUCUCUCCACUGGGCGUUGUGUCACACCGCUUUUGGGCCAUAACACCUGCAUCUGGUCUUUGGCUUUCAGCUGUGAGGGAAAUAUUGUUGCUUCUGGAUCUGCUGAUAGCACUGUCAAACUAUGGGAUGUAACUUCUAGCAACAAGGCAGCAAAACUAGAUGAUAUCAAAGGUAGCACCAGUAGCAGGCUCAGAUUACUGAAAGUUUUUGCAACAAGAUCAACUCCAGUCUAUACAUUGCAGUUCUCCCGGAGGAAUAUGUUAUUUGCAGCCGGUGCCUUCUCGGGAGACAUCUGAAAUUUUGGAGCUGGGAGCAUCUACAUGUUGUGUUGGGGAAAGGUUUCAUCCUGUUGGUAUUUUUGUAAUUUUUUUGGGUCCAUUAGUAGAAAAUUUACACUGCAGUCUUUAUUGUUCACAUCCCAUGUGUAAUUAUAGAACUUCAAUGUAUUUUUUUUUUUAAACUGUUUAUGU